AUUGGCUCGAGUGUGUGAUUGGUUAACAGCUGGAAACCCGGUAGUGCCGAAAGCUUAAGCACAAGUUUGUUAUCCGUGCAGGAGACUCAGCCCUACUUUCCGUAGGAACAAGCGACAGCUGAACAUUGUAUUUUUCCACCAGUUAUCAUGGAGAAGCCUCUCCUUCCCAGAGAGUCUGGGCUGUUUGUGGCACAGCACAGUCGAGACGUGUUUAUCGAGGACGCGGGAGUGAAGAAGGUGGCAGACAUGCUCUACGGUCUCAGACACAGUGACGUCCUGACAGCUAGUGGCUGGAAGAUGGCCAAUCCCCUGGCUCCAGCACCCACCUCUGAUCAGGCAUUAAACUGGGUGUUUGUUGUGGAUACCAUGAACUUCUCCUUUUGGCCAGAGAAAGAAGCUCAGCAGUGUGAGGUGACCUAUAAAGGCACCACUUACACAGGCUUCAUGACCCUGUGUGCUGCUAUCACCAGAGCCAUGGAAGAAGGUGUACCCAUCACAGAUCCCAAGUACUUCUCCCAGAUCAGUGUGGAGGAGUUGGGCCAAGUUCUCCGAUCAGACAAUGAAACAGCCAUGCCGAUGCUUCAGGAACGCCACCAGGUCCUGACCGACGGCGGUCGCGUGCUGCUGGAACAUGGAGGAAGUUUCCGCAGUUUUAUCAGUCAAGCCGGAAACGAUGCUCGGAAGAUGGUGGAGCUGAUCGUGGAGAAGAUCCCGUCUUACAGGGAUGAAGCUACAUAUGAGGGCAAAAGAAUCUCUUUCUACAAGCGAGCCCAGAUCCUGGUGGCAGAUUUCUGGGGGGUCAUGGAGGCCAGAGGAGAGGGGGAUAUCAUCAACAUGGACUGGCUCACCAUGUUUGCAGACUACCGGGUUCCUCAGGCGCUUGUCUAUUUAGGAGUGUUGCAAUACUCUGAUGCACUGAUGCAAGCAUUGAAGAACGGUGAGCUGCUGCAUUCAGGGGAUCAGAGAGAGGUCGAGAUCCGAGGAUGUUCAAUUUGGUCUGUGGAGCUGAUCAAGGAUGGUCUCCACAAGAUGAUGCUCGAGAGAGACGGAGAGACCUGCAACAUCAACUCUGCUGUCAUUGACUUCUACCUUUGGCCUUUUGCUAAGCAACACCACAAAGAGAUGGCCCACAUUCCCAUUCACCACACUCGCUGUAUUUACUACUGACAAACAGACUGGGAGUUAUACAUACACAAGGUUUGCUGGUGGCAUUCCCUGUGAGGAUCCUAAGCAUGGUAGUUGGAUAUAAAUGCACAGACAAGCUUCCCUUUAGGAGUAAAAUAAACUGUGAUUCCAUAAAACUUGUUAGUUUGAAGUUAAUGAAAAUGUUUCACAUGAAAUGAGUUCUGUGAAAUGUCUUGUCACUAAGCAAGUCAUUAUAUUAUGCAAUUACAAGCUGAAAAAUGUGGGAACUUCUGAUGUACAGCAAUCUUUAGGACUCAUGUUUUUAUAAUAAAUCAAUAAAGCAAUAAAUCUGUUA